CCAAGCAAUGUGAAAAUAAUUAACUCACGUUAAUUGAAAUUUAAACAUCUGUCCAAGCCCUCUUUUAAAAUGCAACACAUCAUGAAUCCCAAUCGCCAUCAAGGGCCACCGUGAACCAGAAAAUACAGUCGGAAAGGUGAAAAUAAAGCGGCGUGAGAGGAGGUUGGAUCAGCUGUUUCACCACAACAGAGGCGGCGACCGGGGAAGGAUGAGACAACGGCUACCUACUCAUUUUUGCCAAUAAUGUCAAGUACCGGGCAUUCCACGAGGGUUCCCGGUCUCCGCCAGCAGGGUAGACAUCAUCUCUUGCAGAAACUUCACUUUAGAGAACUGUAUGGGGAAACCAGACAGACUCGCUCCCGCCCCAGGCAGCGACUAUUUUACCAGUUACCCCAUCGGUUGGCAUUCUCUUUGGCUCAGGUGGCCCCAACAUCCGCACUAGCAGCAGGGCACAUAUUUUUAGGGUUCACAAAAUGCGGUCAGUUUGUCCUUUCAUACACUCAUUCUUGUGACACAGAUGAUCACACACUGCAAAUGAUACACAGGUACAGGCUCCACUGGUGGGUGUUUGUACCAUAUGCACCAUUGAGAAAAGUAGCAGAGGUAAUGCUCUUUGGUGACCAGGACCUCCAGGAGAGUGUGUAUGAGAAUAUAUUCAUCUCUGUGUGUCAAUGGCCAAAGGACCUCUCCAAAAUUCUUGUUUAUGGCUGCAGUAUGAUUGAAGGUCUUGAUGGCAAUUCUUCACAAACUCGUCGGUGCUAUAUCACUAUUACAGCUGUCCCUUCACUUGAUAAUUGUUCAGCUUGCUACCAAGUGGCUACGUCAUAUGAAGAAGAUGAUUUAGCCGAGCGGUGGAACAGCUGUGCACGAUUCAGCUGCCUACAACAUGGGAUCACUGUGCACACCAGCUUUGAGAUGGUGCCUCCUUUCCCAAGAUUCCUCCCAAAUGUACAAAUGAAGCGGGAGGGCUUUGUGGUGCUUAAUGCUGGCAAUUUUAUCCACGUGUUGAAUGUUAAUCUCGAAAACAUGGACAGAAAGAUGAAGGAGGUAGAGACAGAAAUAUUAGGUAUGAGAAUCAAUGAGAUAAGUUCUGUGGAGAGAGAUGAGGAGGAGGAGAGUGAUGAUGAGAGAGAGCAAGGGAAAAUUAAAGAAAAUAGGGCCUCUUCAGGUAAGCAGUACUGUGGAUCAAGCCUCAGAUCAGGCAAAGAGUUCAAUGUGAUGGACAGCUCAAGCAGUGAUGUUGACCUGGAGGCAGAUGGUCGGAGUAGUUGUGAGGAAGAAGAAGGAACUCACAUUGAAAAGGAUCUAAGCAGUAUUGAGUCUAGUACAAGUAGUCUGAAAGUUACGUUGAACACUGGGAGUAUGUGUGGGUGCAGUAGUUCAAUGAGUGAUAAAGACAGAGAAUGGGAAAUUCUGAUUGGAAGUGUAGCACCAAGAAAUGAUGAGAGGGCAAGAACUGAGGGUUGUAAUAACAUUCAUAGGAUGUGUGAAAAUUAUCAAAGGGGCAGUACCAUGGAGGGUCAGGGUAUGUCUCAUAGACUUGACAUCAAUGACUGUGAUAAAAGUCCUGGCAGUUGUUUAGAUCAAGACGAUGGUGCCACAGCUGUCCAGGGCAUCGUUCGUAAUCUCUCGCUCAAAGAUUUUCAAUUGCCUGAUGAUUCUCCAUACCAUUUUUAUGGAGAAAGUGACACUUUUAACGAUAAUGACUCAGACGACUCAACCAGGUGCUCGCAUAUAAGUGAAGAUUCUCGCCUGGGCCGCUCAGAUCUCAGGGACACAGUGAGCAUUAGUGAUAGGUGUAAGAAUGGAACAAAUUGCUGUGGAAAUAAUAUAAAGGCCGAUGAUUGUGCCUUUAAUACUCAACAACAGGGUAGAAUGGUACUUAGAAGUUCAAGUGAAAGUUCCUAUGGGGAGAAGACACCAGUGAAACUCGCAGAAAAAGAAUAUGAAUUCAUAGAUGAAAUUACGGACUCCCGACAUGAAAAACUUAGUGUGUUCAGACGAAGGCGACUGGCCGACAAGAAGUACGAAUUCUCAGAUGAGAACAUAGAGAAUGUUCCUCAAAAGUACAGCAGUUUCAGAAACCAGAGUCGGAGAUUGAUCAUGAGUCCCUCUCGGUCACCACGGUUCCGCUCAAUGGGUGUGCCAUUGUCCGAAUUAUCCAUAGAAUUGGGUGAGUCAUCCGGCUUCAUAAGAUCCAUGUACGAAAAGCUUCUAAGUCCAACCUCGGGUAGUGGCUCUCCCAGCGAUGUACUCAGACCCAUCAACCAGAAUAUCACUAGUCCCAUCCUAUCGCCUCGAGAUGAUCGCUGGAGAGAAGAAAUUGAUCGAUUAGAAAAGGCUGAACUACAAAGAUGGAGUUCAAGAGAGAGUUUAGGCUUGUAUGCGCUGAGUCCUGGAUGUGUACAGAAGGCAUCAGAGAAAUCUUCAAAUGCUACUCCAGCUAAUGCUCCAGAUCCUACACAGUCUCAGGCUCUGAAUUGUGUAGUUGACUUCAACCGGAGAUAUAUUGAAGUUGAUGAUGAACUUGUGUCAAUCAUCACUGAUAUAGAAGAUGAUGAGUUGGGAACAGCCACUGGUUAUCACAAUGCACUACCUCUGGAAGUCCAUGGGUCAGGAUACACACAGAUGCAUAUGAUAUCUAAUACCAAAGCUGAGAAACUGAUGGUGCCUGGUGUGCUUGUGAAACAGGUCAGCCUAGAUGUUGAGCAGUUUUGUCAUGAGAUGGCCCAAAGACUUUGUACUGAAGCAGGCAAGAAGUACUUCUUUUGCAAUGACUAUAAUGUUGAAAUUGUUGAUGUAUGUCCCAGCAGUGGAAAUAUAGUUGCCUUAGCCUCUGUGCUUGUUCAGGCAGCAACCAUGGUCAAGGGGCUUGGCAAGACAGUUCGAUCUCCACUCAGUUCUCUUACUCGAAAGCAAUACAAAACUACAGCAACAUUCAUUUUCAAUAUGGAUACCAAGCAGUAUUAUCUUGUAGAUAAGGAACCAUUACUUGAAGAAGAUCCAUACAGCCUAGAGAAUAUGGAGGGAGAUGUAGGUGAUGAGAGAUGGUGGCAGAGUGCACGACAAACAGCUCGCCAGUUACGAACUCAGUGGGCUGUACCAACAGAUUAUUAUUCAAGUGUAAAAGUUUUAACCAAUGAACCACUUUUAAAAGGUAAAUCACUGAACCACAUAAUGGAAGGACAGCACCUGGUAGCAUUAGUACUUGGUCCACACCAGCAAGGACUAUGAGAUAACCCAACUUUAUCAACAUGUAUUUUCAACUUGAGCAAGAGUGUAUGACAUUGCUGAACAUAUGCUUCCUCUUCCACAAUUUAGGUUUUUCACAUUGCCAUUUUUUUGCUCUGAUAAGGAAGCUGAAUGCUUAAUCUUCUUUUAAUGCCAACACUGUGAUUUGGACUAGCAUAUACCAACUUGUUCUUUGGGAUAUCAUGCAUUUUAGCCAUUGCUGCCUUUUUUCAUGGUAGGAUGUUGAGAACAAGGCACUCUCUCCUAUUGUGCUAAUAACUUGGACCUGCAAAGUAAACUGUUAGCAAACAAGAAGAAUCAGGAUAAUAGACUUCACUGAUUUCACAGUACAUACUUGUGACUAGUUCAUUUCAUGAAAUAUUAGAAGAAAAGCUCUCCAAGCAACUUGGGUUGUAUCCAUUCAGAUUUGUACAUUGAAUACUUUACCAUAAAUUCAUGCGUAGCUUCAGAUUUAAGUCAGAUUUGAUAAUAGAAUGAUGGCAGCCACUGGAGCUAUGAAGUUUUUCAAGGGAGUUGACUUAGGGGCAUUUUUAAUGAAAGGAGAUCUAAGAAAUGAUUUUGAGUCUGGAAAAGAAGUUGAUAUGAUUUACAUUUCAGGUGAUUUAACGAGUUUAAUACCACAGCUUGACGUGAUUUAGGUUUAUUUAAUCUAGAAGCCAAUCUCAGGUUAUUUGUUCUCUCUUGACAUUGUGAUUUAGUUUUCCUUUUUUGCUUGAUAAGUGCCUUUUAUCACUUCAAUGGUGGAUGUUUUGUGUCAUAUUCAAAUGCAACACAUUAGUGAUAAACCUGCAAAGAAGGUUGGUAGGUUUUCUGGGUUAACAAGUUUUAUUGUUCAGAACUAUUAUUUUAUCCAGUUUAUGGACUGUAUAGUGAGUUCAUUCUGUCAUUGUCUUUUGUCUUAAUUAUGAUCCUAUUUAUUUCUUUAAAAUGACGAUAAUUGAUAUUGUUAUCAUUUGAUGCUCCUGAUGCUGCUGUACAAGUCUUCAAAGUAGAAUGUUGCUACAUGAUAGCUUAGUAUUGUGAAAGAUGAAUUUAGCAAUAUAUGGUAUGCGGCAUUUAUAAGCAAAUGCAACAUAGGAUGGCUAAGUUAUAGCUCUUCUAAAUCAGGGAUCCCUCGUCACAAGCAGCAUAAAGCAUUGCUGCUCUCUGUAGGGAAGGGAAAUUAUCAGUGUUCUUGUGUGUAGAAUAUUGUUUAUAGCAUGUGAGUUUUUUUAUGAUCUGUUUUCAAUAGCAGGAGCAAAAAAGUAUUUUGGAUUCAAUCUGUCUUUCAAAUUUGUUCACUUUCGUUUUCAUAUUUUCUCUCUCCUGCUCUUCUGAUUUUGCCCUGUUUCCCUCUUUCAUUUACUUUUAUUUCCUUCUGAAGAAGAAAGAGCAGCUAACAGUAAGACCUCAGGGCAUUUCAUAAACAGGGAUUUUCAUUUAACAACAUCUUUCUUUCUGCAUUUCUGCUUAUUUUCAUCACUUAUAGGAAAUGGCAUCUUUUGAGAAUCAUUCAAUCCCAUGUUAAUCAUGGCAGGAACAUGAUGAAUACACAGUGUAUUUCAUACACUAGAAGUGCAGUUGCUUCAGGACAAUGAAAAAAAGCUUUGGCAUAAGAAUAUCCUGCUAAGUGGUUGCUGAAGAUAUUUAUGAAACCUUUUUUUCUACCUAUACUAAUGUGAUAGGCACUCAUAAUACUAAGAUUAUUUGAGAUUAAAGAUUAAGUUAUGCUGUGAUGCAGCCAUCACUCAAGAAUGAAAGAUAGUGUAAGCAGUGAAAGUUGAUGCUUUGGGAGACAAUGUAUGUGAUUUAUGGUUGUAAAUUAAGAGUAUGGAAGGCAGAUUUUGGGAAAGAGGGUUACUGCACUCUUUCUUAAUCUUUCUGGAAUUAAUGUUAGAAAUUCUUAAAUAUUUUGUCUUGUUAGCAGCACUCAUUUCAUGACAUGCUAACAAACACGUAUUUAUUAGAAAGCAGGAAAAUGUAUUUCAAAGUCACUGUUGCAUGCAGUUUUAGCUCAAUACAUCAACAGAAACUUGUUUGUUUUUCCUGUUGUAGGACUGUGUAUCUCAGAUGUCUGAGGAUAUAUUACUGAUGUGGAACUAAUGGUCCAAAAAGCAUUUUUAAGCUGUGUCUGUAUGUCCUUAGGAUUAGUACAGAAAAUAAUUACAGAAGAUUGAAGGAAUUUCUCUAGAUGGUUUUGAAUGUAAAGAUCUUCAGGUAUUCCUAGAACUGUGGAGAUUUUUUCUUUUUCUUUUUUUCUCUGAAAUUCUGUCUAACAUCUUUUCAUUAUUUGUUAAGAUAACUAGGGUUAAAAAGGAUUGAUGAGAUUGAAUCUUAACAUCUCACCUGUAGCCCAUAAUGGUGCUAGACUGAGAUUGCCUCCAGCUAUUUUUUAUGGAUAGAAACAAAGAGAAAAAAAGAAAAGAAAAGGAUUAUUUUUUCCUAAUUUUAUUUAAUUCUUAUUAAUUUAUCUUUUCUCCUAAUAUACGCUCUUCUUGAUUGUGCGGGUACUAAAGUGGGACGUACAAGAUUUCCUUCAACCAUACAUCCUCAUUUUUUGUAUCAAUACCAUUUUCAUAGUCAGUGACAUUCCACAUGUAAUUCAUUUAAAUAGCUUUAUAUAGUAUGUGGCUGAGUUCUUCAUUCUUUCCUUUUUUCGUGUCUCCUUUUCUACAGCAUUUUGUUAUAUUGCUAUAUUGCUACAGUGACUCUCCUGAAGUUUAUUUUCUCGGACUUGGUAACAUAGGAAAACUAGAAGCUCCUGUUGAUUUCCAAUUAUUUUUUUCUGGUAUUGAUAGAUGAAUUAAUUUUUAUUUACUCAAUAUCUUUGUCUUUGUCCUUUUUUUUUAUAUAUAUAUACUUUUCCAACAAAUACUUUGCACAUGAUAUAGAAAUAUGUAUUAUAUUUUGUGAGACCUUCAUCAGCGUUAUUAGACAAAUGUUCUGAUUAACUAUUCAGAAACUAUGUACUUUUAGUCUAGAGAUGUUAUAGGUUGUGAUCAUUAUUAUUUUAUAUUGAAUUUGAUCCGUAUCGGUGGAUUUCCUUUCCUCUUCAUCAGUUGAUUUAGGUAUAUAUGCUGGACAGAUUCUGUAGUAUAUAUACUAAAUAUGCUUAAUAUUCUAUACAUUGCAUACUUUGACAGAAAUAUUUUGAACAUAUAUUUUGUAGGGGGAGAAUAUGACAUGUUUUUUAUACAGUACAUAAAGCAUAAUCUGUCCAUUUGUUUAUUAAACCUGUGGUAUUUGUUUCUUUGAAGGAGUUUAGAGUGGCCAUGUAAUUUGACUCAGGGUAUGUUUAUUUUAUAUGCAUUAUUAUGUUUAGUUAUGUGUUGUUUUUUUGUUUAUUUUACUUGUAUUCUUUGAUAGCAUAAUUUUUUUCCCAUAUUCCCAAUAAGAUUUACAUGUACUAUUGAUUGUUUCAUGGCGUUUUUUUUUUUUUUUCCAUUUCAGAUUAAUAUAGGACUUCUUGUCAGUGUUAUUAUUUUUGUUUAUUUUAGCAAAAGGAAAAUAUAUGGACCAAGUAUAUGGCAGAUUGUAAAGGAUAGAUUUUUUUCUUCUUCUGCUUCUACUAUUUCUUCUUCUUCUUCAACUUUUUUCUUUUUCUACUUCUACUACUACUACUCCCUUUUGUAACACUGAUUUAAUAUUCACUUAAUAAAAGAAAAAAAAGAAGUUAAGGUCUUGUUUCCCCAUGAAGAUUAUUUUUCAUUUUAAUAAUCACAAGAAGAAGAAGAAGAGAAAAAUAUGAGGUUUACUGUAUAGAAAAAUCUUCAUGUCAGUCUGUGUAGACUCAAAAAAGUUAGAUGUUUAACUGCCAUUAUAUUGUAAGCACGUUAUGUUUCAUAGCGAUAACUCUGUCCGACUUGUCCUUAGGCUGUAAAAUGUGAAAUACUAAAAUCAAAGUUUGAAUCUAUAAAAUAUAAGUGCUUGAUAAAUAAACCUGUAACACAAUGAACCUUUUCUUACAUUGGACAAACCAGCAAAUGCUUAUGGAUAAUUUUUGACCAAGUUCAAAAGUCUCGUAAUUAAGAGUAAAAACACUAUGAUUAUUUAUACCAAAGAGUAAUUCAUGUUCAUUCUGCCACCCCAAUUUUUUAUUUAUUUAUUUGACAAAUCAGGAAUAUAAUCCUCUUUUAAGGUUAUCAUGUUUUUCUAUUGCUUUGGAUUUACAAAGAAAUGACCCUAUUAUAUCUAAGACUGUUAUUAUCACAUUUGUUCUGUGGAUGUAAGUAGGAUAAGAGAAACAAAGCAGGUUGUCUGAAUGUAAUCCAGUUAUCAAAGUUCAUUCCAUGUUUUACCCACUAAUUGAGUUAUUUUUAGAUAUUUUUUACUCCCCACAAAAAUUUGUUUGUACUGACUGGGUUUUCAUAUUCUGCAAUGUUAUACCCCUUAAUGGAAAACGUGUAUUGGUUUUGUAUAUUGUCAUUCAUAGAUAUUUUCAGAUAAAGAAAGUAUCUUCCUUGUAAUCAUGUAUUUUUGGUUUUGUUUUCACAUGUUGCUCAUAUUUCAAUACCAUCUCUUUCUUGUGUCUUCUUGCCUACUAAAGGAUACAAAGGAGACAGAUUUGCUCAUUCUACUGUAGUUAUUAAACAGUUGUAAUUUUGACUGUACCAAGUCUGAUGAACUUCUCACUCUAUAUGUAUAUUUUUUAAUUUCCAUUACUCUUUUCUUUUUGCUAAGAAGACUUUGAAGGCAGUUACAGUAAAUUAGAGAAUAGAUACAUUACUACUUUGGAUAUCAUCAUCUACAUUUGUGUACUUAUGUAACAAUUAUCUGUGACCAAUACAGCAAUAUUUAUUUUA